AUGUCACAAAAUAAAAUUAUUUGGCUUGAUGCAAAUUCGUCAGAUCCUGUGAGUAGCUUUCGUUCCAAACUAGGUGAUGCACAAACAUUCACAAGGGCUGAUAAUUGUAUUCAAUAUGUGCAAUCGCAUUCAAAUGAGUCCAUCUAUCUCAUUGUUUCGGGUUCGCUUGCCAAAGAAGUCGUCCCUGAAAUAUACGAGUGUUCAAAUCUUGUACAAAUCUACCUUUUCUGCGGAUCAAUUGCUGCUUAUGCCGAAUGGGGAAUGAACUAUUGUGAUAAACUAAUGAUAUUUAAUCAUGAAGAUGAUGUUUUAGAACGAUUAUGGAAUGAUUUACACAAAAACUUGCGUGACCAAGCGAUGUUACUUUCAAAACGUGCAGAGGAAUAUAAACAACGCGUUCUAGAAUACAGACAACCGUGUGGUUAA